AUGACUUCUUCGGAAGAGAAGUUUCGAACUAUCGGACGCAGUGGAAAGUGGCAAGUGCGGAACAUCGAGGAUGCCUCUGAUGGUGAUCAGCGCCACUGGCCAGCCAAGCCUUAUCGACCUGGUUCAAGAGAACAUUAUCUGAUCACCCUGGGCAAGGCGUGGGCAGAGCAGGAUAAGCUAGACAAAGCAGCACCUGAUGUCAAUUUUUAUCUCAACAAACUUCCAGAUGGAUAUGAUAUGUUUGAAACAGACCAGCCCGGCUCACGCAACGUUUACAAGCGGCUAUUUGGUCAUCCAAGUGGCAAAUUCUUCGACUCAGCACCGAGGUUUCAACCGCACUUCCUUUGGCUCAUGUCUCGUAUGAAAGGUGACUGUGAAUGUGUUUUGUGUUGGAAAGGAAAACCCAAGAUAGCUCCCAUUCCACGAAAAAAGCGAUUGAUCCCAGAAUUAUCGUCCUUUGCUCUGGGAAGACGAAACAUGCAAGACGAAGCCAGCGGGUCUUCAAGCAGAUCAGAAUCGCUUGCCAGUCGCCUUGGUGGUAUUGGGAAUCGACCUCAACGACAAAUCAAAGCCGCAGGUGCUCCAUACGCGGUAGACGAGAAUGGAAAUGAGGAUGUCUACAAGGAAUUGAUCAAGAGAUUGUACACUUCUCGGGAUAGCAAAAAGGGAAUCGAAGAUGACAUCUUGGAACAUAAUCAUAUGGAUUGGCGUGCCACCCAUGAACAUCAAGGCCUUGGAGCUGCAGUGGUCGAAAACCACUUGACGUCAAUGGAGCUGCAACACUCUUUCAUUCCGCGAAUUGGCGAGCUCGUUCUAUGGAUCCCCCAAUUUCUCCACCAACAUUCCCUGAUGAUUGAUGAGAACUCGGAAUAUAAGUUCUACUCUUUCGAUCAGAAAUGCUUCCAUGGGCACCCCAGUUGGCGAGCAGGUGUUGUCGCUCAAGUGCCUUCAGCCAAGGCUCAGAAUGGCUUGAUCGAUUUCCCGGACAUUCAAGGUUUGCCAGAAAAGAAAACUACUCUGAACACCUCAGGCUUUUUGAUUGAGACCUUUCCUGAUCCAAAUGAUGAGAUGGACAAGUCCGCUUCUAAGCAAUCCCGAUACGUGGCACUGAGAGACAUUCGACCACUUUCACACUGGCGGAUGCUUCUGAGGGGAAUUCCGAGGGAGAGAUGGCACCCUUCGAUCAAGAACGCACUGACCUGUAUGACCAGUAUGUCGUUAUUGGAGAAAUUUUGGUUCAGUGGACAAUGGCCUAAUGCGCACAUUCGCUGCAAAGGCUUGUUUCUUGGCCCAGAAUUGAUCAUUGUUGGUGACGCUGUUCGUAUUCGACCAGAAGGGCCACGCAAUGGGACAAAAUCUACCUGCACCGAUGUCUUGGUUGUCGAGCAGAUUCGUUUCAAUCUUGUGGACAUCAAAGAAUAUUUCACGUAUCCAGAUUCUGAGCAUCUCGCAUCCUCCUACACAAUCACGCUGAAAGGAAAGGGAUACACUCUCGAUGAAAAUAGAUCAUAUGAUGCACAGUUGACUGAUUCUUCUGAUCUGCGCAUUGUCCCAUCUCAGGUUCCGCUCUACGAAGUGAAGACCACAUUCAAGGCUGUGGGGGCUGCAGAUUAUGGAAAUUGGUACUAUCUCCACGAUCCUAUGAAGAGAUAUGAAAUAUCUCACGACAUGGUUUUUGGAAGACUCUAUGAAGCAGGUGCCGUUCAGUUGUGGACCGGGCAAAUUCAGACGAAAGAAGCCAUUAAUGCUCAUCUUGUACCCAGUCUUGGAUUUGAUGUCAUGGGCAUUGAGACCGGCCGACAAUUUGGAACUCAAAGUGAUCAAAGAUUAGAGCAAGUUCCCGACGGUGCAAUCUGCUGGUACUUGGGAGAUCAUAGAGCCGAUGCAUUAGAUCUGGAAUUCUUCAACGGGAAUAAAAUCGGGAGAUACGAAGCAGUAAGAGACAAGGCAACUCAGGAACAAUGGCGGAAUCAUGUGAAGGUUUUGAAUGGGCUCCCCGUUACCGAGGAUCAGUUCAAAUAUACAUCCUUCGCUCAUUUCACCAUACCAGGUACCCGAGGCCGAAAACCAGGAUCAAGGGUGGUUGAUGGGCGAGUCAUUUACCCAGGUCAGCCAGGUUAUGAUGUCGCUGUUGCAACAGAACACACUGCUACUCCAAGGACUCCGAAGCCCAAGGGCUAUAGUCAAUUGGCUGCCGCUGCGGUGGUGUCGGCCGAUGGGGAAGACACUGAUGAAGGAGACGAUGAAGACGAGGGCGAGGAGGAUGAUAAGGGUACCGAGCGCUUUUACACAGCUGAAGCGGAAGACAGUGGCAGUGCAGAGGUUCCAAGAGUUCCACUAUUCAAGAGCAAACCAAAAGCUCCCGCAACAAAGGCACAGAUCAUGAGUGGCAUCGAGGAUAUGGAUCUUGAAGAUGACUUCACUUCUGAGGAAGAGUAUUGGCCGGUGGCCAGAGGCGGUACUGAAGAGUCAGAUGGUGGAGAUUAUCGGCCGAAUGUCGAUACUCAGUGA